GCAAAUAUUAUAUGUUCAUUAUGUUCUGACCCACCGACUUUAACUCAGAAAACAAUUGUCCCGAAGCCAAACCUAGUUGACGAACCCUGUUUUAUAGUAUUCCAUGGCCUUUACUGGCCAACUGCUGUUAUGGUUAUGAUAUACUAUGGUGUUGUGUCACUAGACUUUGACCAGAUAUUAUUACAUCCAAAGAUCAACUGAACCUAGAACAUAGAUACAGAGACACUUGUCAUCAGGAAGGUGCUCCCUCAGCGCAACGGAAAAUAUCUCAAUGACUUGACAUGUUCUGGUUGUGAAUUCAGGCUACAAGGGGACAGUUCUCUAAAAUGAGUCUCUCUGGGGAGAGAGAGAAGGGGGGCCCUGCCUCUAAAAUGAGACUCUCUGGGGAACAUGACACCAAAGCUAAGAGCCCAAUCAAGCAGGAGAGACCAGCCUCCCCUGUUCCCAGCUGUGUGUCCAUGAAGAGUUACCGGUCUAUGGAACAUCCGAUAGAGUUUAGAGAGGGAGACUUUUCUACUGAACAAAGCCCAAUCAAGCAGGAGAGACCAGCCUCCCCUGUUCCCAGCUGUGUGUCCAUGAAGAGUUACCGGUCUAUGGAACAUCCGAUAGAGUUUAGAGAGGGAGACUUUUCUACUGAACAAAGCCCAAUCAAGCAGGAGAGACCAGCCUCCCCUGUUCCCAGCUGUGUGUCCAUGAAGAGUGACCAGUCUAUGGAUCCUCCUCUAACCUUUAGAGAGGGAGACUUUUCUACUGAACAAAGAAACCAACAGGAGAGAUCAGAGUCAGAGAUUCUCAGUGGUCAGUCUUCCCAGAGUCAUCAAACAGACCUGGCCUCCAUAUUGAGUGUAUGUGGUCCUGUUAUGUACAAUUGUUUUUGUUUACCUCAAGUAAAGUUGAUCUGUCAAACAUUCAUUAAUGUGUUGAUGAGAAAGCAUUUAGUCUCUUGCUUAACUUAUUUACUUGAUUUAUUUCAGAUGCUUGAAGAUAAAAUUAUGACAUUUGUGAAGAACGAGCUGAAGAUGUUCAAGAGGAUUCUUAGUCCAGAACUCCCACAAGGCUUUGAGAGUCCGAAGCAGGAUAAGGAAGUGGUGGAUGCUGAAGAUGAGAAGCAGGAGAGCAGUGCCAGAGAGGGGGCUCUGAAGAUCACACUGCACAUCCUGAGGAAAAUGAACCAGAAGGAGCUUGCUGACACACUGGAGAAAUAUGAACUUGCUGUGAUUUGCCAACGUGAACUCAAAUCUAAUCUAAAGAAGAAGUUUCAAUGUGUAUUUGAGGGGAUCGAUCAACAAGGAAACCCAACACUUCUCAAUAAGAUCUACACAGAGCUCUACAUCACAGAGGGUGGAACAGGAGAGGUCAAUAAGGAACAUGAGCUGAGACAGAUUGAGACAACAACCAGGAAACAAGCAAGACCAGAGACUGCAAUCAAAUGUAACGACAUCUUCACACCCUUAACUGGACAAGACAAACUUAUCAGAACUGUGCUGACAAAGGGAGUCGCUGGCAUUGGAAAAACAGUCUCUGUGCAGAAGUUCAUUCUGGACUGGGCUGAAGGAAAAGCAAAUCAGGAUGUCCAAUUUGUAUUUUCAUUCCCUUUCCGGGAGCUGAAUUUGAUGAAAGGGGACAAACACACUUUGAUUGAACUUCUUAAUCACUUCUCAAUGGAAACCAAACAAUCAGGAAUCUCCAUCUACAACAAGUACAAAGUUCUGUUCAUAUUUGACGGUCUGGAUGAGUGCCGACUGCCCCUAGACUUCCAGAAGAACAAGAUCUGUUGGGACGUCACAGAGUCAACCUCAGUGGAUGUUCUGCUGACAAAUCUCAUCAAGGGAAAUCUGCUUCCCUCUGCUCUCCUCUGGAUAACUACCCGACCAGCAGCAGCCAAUACGAUCCCUUCAGGGUGUGUUGACCAGGUGACAGAGGUACGAGGGUUCAAUGACCCACAGAAGGAGGAGUACUUCAGGAAGAGAUUCAGUGAUGAGGACCUGGCCAGCAGAAUCAUCUCACACAUAAAGACAUCAAGGAGCCUCCACAUCAUGUGCCACAUUCCAGUCUUCUGUUGGAUUUCUGCAACAGUCCUUGAACACAUGCUGAAACAUCAGAGAGAAGAGAUCCCCAAGACUCUGACUGAGAUGUACACACACCUUGUGGUGUUUCAUAUCAAACAGAAGAAUGAAAAGUAUCCUGGGAAAGAAGAGACAGGUCCACACUGGAAUAAAGAGAGCAUUCUGUUACUGGGAAAACUUGCUUUUCAACAGCUUGUGAAGGGCAAUCUGAUUUUCUAUGAAGAAGACCUGAAAGAGUCUGGCAUUGAUGUUAAUGAAGCCUCAGUGUACUCAGGAUUGUGCACACAGCUCUUUAAAGAGGAAUGUGGGCUGUACCAGGACAAGGUGUACUGCUUUGUUCAUCUGAGCAUUCAGGAGUUUCUGGCUGCUGUAUAUGUGUUCCUCUCACUCAUCAACAACAAAGAGAAUGUAAUGGAUGAACUGCAAACAAGUGACAAGUCUGAAGUUACUGUCUACAAGAGUGCUGUGGAUAAAGCCUUACAAAGUGAGACAGGAAACCUGGACCUUUUCCUCCGCUUCCUUCUGGGCCUCUCCAUGGAGUCCAAUCAGAAGCACUUACGAGGUCUACUGACAAAGCCAAGAAGCAGCUCACAGAGCCAUGAAGAAACAGUCGAGUACAUCAAGGAGAAGAUCAGGAAGAAUCUCUCUCCAGAGAGGAGCAUCAAUCUGUUCCACUGUCUGAAUGAACUGAAUGACCAUUCUCUAUUGGAGGAGAUCCAAAGCUACCUGAGAUCAGGAAGUCUCUCAAAACCCAACCUGUCACCUGCACAGUGGUCAGCUCUGGUCUUUCUGUUGCUGACUUCAGAAAAGGAGCUGGAUGUGUUUGACCUGAAGAAAUACUCCAGAUCAGAGGAAGGUCUUCUGAGGCUGCUGCCAGUGGUCAAAGCCUCCAGAGCUGCUCUGCUGUCAGGCUGUGGAGUCACAGAGAAAGGCUGUGCUUCUCUGGUCUCAGCUCUGGAGUCAAACCCCUCACACCUGAGAGAGCUGGAUCUGAGUAACAAUGACCUGAAGGAUUCAGGAGUGAAGCUGCUCUCUGCUGGACUGGGGAAUCCCCACUGUAAACUGGAGACUCUGAGACUCACUGUCUGUAAACUCACAGACACAUCCUGUAAAGUGUUGGCCUCAGUUCUCAUUUCAAACCCCUCACACCUGAGAGAGCUGGACCUGAGUAACAAUGACCUGAAGGAUUCAGGAGUGAAGCUGCUCUCUGCUGGACUGGGGAAUCACCACUGUAAACUGGAGACUCUGAGGCUGUCAGGCUGUCUGGUCACAGAGGAAGGCUGUGCUUCUCUGGUCUCAGCUCUGAGGUCAAACCCCUCACACCUGAGAGAGCUGGACCUGAGCUACAAUCACCCAGGAGACUCAGGAGUCAGACUGCUCUCUGCUGGACUGGAGGAUCCACACUGCAGACUGGAGAAACUCAAGCUGUCAGGCUGUGGGGUCACAGAGGAAGGCUGUGCUUCUCUGCUCUCAGCUCUGGAGUCAAACCCCUCACACCUGAGAGAGCUGGACCUGAGUAACAAUGACCUGAAGGAUUCAGGAGUGAAGCUGCUCUCUGCUGGACUGGGGAAUCCCCACUGUAAACUGGAGACUCUGAGGCUGUCAGACUGUGGAGUCACAGAGGAAGGCUGUGCUUCUCUGGUCUCAGCUCUGAGGUCAAACCCCUCACACCUGAGAGAGCUGGAUCUGAGUAACAAUGACCUGAAGGAUUCAGGAGUGAAGCUGCUCUCUGCUGGACUGGGGAAUCCCCACUGUAAACUGGAGACUCUGGG